UUAGGUGGCAUUCCGUAAACAGCGAGUACGACAAAAAAAGGGACUGAUAGUCGCCCAUUUCUUUCAUCUUCAUCUCUCUCUCUACGCUUCGGUCAUCUGUAUAUCUCUACGAAGACGCAAUUUGAAAUUUAGUGUAGGAUUUGGAGUUUGAAUUUUCAAUCGGGGACAAAUUCAUUCAAUUCCGUAAAAAGCGGCGGGCAGUUUGAAUUUCAUGUUGAUGGCGUCGUCGAAGGUGAUCGCGUCCAGGUCACCGCCCAAUUCGGAUCUUCCGCGUGACUCCCCAACCUCCUCCAUUAAUAUCCACUCCGAUCAAGCAGCUAGGGGUUUCGGCUCCAUGAAUAUGGACGAAAUCUUCCGCAACAUCUACCCCGAUUCCACCUCCUUCGACAGCGCCGGCGACGGAGGAGUGAUGAAUGGCAAGACGGUGGAGGAGGUGUGGAGGGACAUCGUCACCGGCGGAGGCGACGCUCCGAUGACGCUGGAGGCUUUCCUGACGAAGGCGGGGGCAGUCAACGAGGAGGACGUUGGGGUUCCGGCGAUGCCGCCGCCGGUCAUGAUGAAUCCUGCGCCGGGGGUUCCGGCGGCUCAGUUUGCGGCGGCGGGGUGCGUGCAGAGUGUGAUUGGGGUGGAGUUUGGGGGUGCGAGCGGCGGGAGGGGGAAGAGGAGGGCGGCGGUGGCGGAGGAAGCGCCGCUGGAUAAGGCGACGCAGCAAAAGCAGAGACGAAUGAUUAAAAAUAGGGAGUCUGCUGCUAAGUCCAGAGAGCGGAAGCAGGCUUAUACCGUGGAGAUGGAGGCUCAGGUGACAAGCCUAGAGGAGGAACAUGAAAUGCUCUUGAGACAAGAGGCUGAAAUGAACAGGAAGAGAUACCAGCAGCUCAUGGAGAACUUAAUUCCGGUGGUAGAGAAGCGAAGACCUCCAAGAGUUCUGAGGAGCACACGCUCCAUAUAAUGGUGGGUGGGUGUGUGGUUGGCGAUGACAAAGUUUAUAGGGAAGUAGGUCUUGGCCUGCCAUGGCGGAGCUCCAGCAAUAUCGCGAGAGGUCGUUCUGGCAUGAGCUAGAUGGAUAGUUAGCUACAGAUGUGGUAGCUACAGGCAUGUAAAUCAAAAGAAGCACGCUUUAAAAUUAUAAAUCAAUACAGUUUCUCUAAUUACUGGAUUCAUAUUAAUUAAUUUGCCUGUAGUAUAGUAAUUAUAUGUUUUGUUGUGGGUUUUCAGUAUUUUAUGUAUAUUUGGAUGCAAAAAUAUUUGUUUGAAAAUGGUUGAAUAUCCUAUUGAGGUUUAA